AUGGUGGGUCCUGGUGACCUUGAUGACUACCUGAAGGCGGAAGUCGAAACGGAAGCUGCCAAGUAUGGCCAUGUAGAGCGCGUGGUCAUUCAUCAAUGCAGGGAGGAGGCCGGAGAGGCGGUGGUGGUCAAGGCGCAAGUGGCACAGACGUCAUUCCAUGGUCGCUGGUUCGCCGGGCGGAUGAUCAAGGCGGCGUUCUACGAUGAGCAGCUGUUCCUCGCAGGCGACUACACCAGCACCUGCCUGUCGGCCACCUCCAUGGAUUAA